GUGUGGUAGAAGAGAAAUGGGUGGUCUUAAGGGGACGAUUACUAAGAACAUUACCAUGCAACAUCCUCUUCUUCACACGGUGGUGGCCUUUCGUCGCACACGGCUGAACCGUCUCUUCACCAUUUCAUACAUGAUCACCAUCUUUGCCCUACUAUACCACCAUUUGCUCAAUCUAGCCAACUCCACCAACGUUUUCUCUCUAUCCAUGUUCCUAGUCAAUCUUGUGCUUGCUUUUAUGUGGACAACUGCUCAGGCCUUUCGUAUGAGUCCAGUCCGUCAUGAGAUUUUUCCCGAACACCUUGCGAACACAAUGAAAGAGAGCGAUUUUCUGGCGCUAGAUGUGUUUAUAUGCACUAUGGAUCCGUUGAAAGAACAACCAAUGACCGUAGUGAACAUGGCUUUAUCAGUGAUGGCGUACGAAAAUCCGACGGAGAAGUUGUCGGUGUACAUAUUGGACGAUGGAGGCACACAGUUGACAUUUAAUGAGUGCACGAAAGUGCUUUCUAAAUACAUUAUUAUUAGAUUAAAAUAA